AUGAACGCUAGUGUGUUGGUUCUUUUAGUGUUAUUUCUGGUUUUUGUCAACUGUCACGAAGACAAAAGUAAUGAAGCGAAACUACGAUUUUACCAUGGAUCCAUGGAGGAGUAUACGGAAUUAUAUAUUUACGAAGCCCAAAAAAUCUUUUCUGGUUCUUGGUACAAUUCCAGCCGAAACACUGUUAUAUUUUCGCAUGGAUUUACCGGUCGUCCCAACGGACCCGCCGUGACAGCCGUAAUAACGGCGUACAUUCAAGAUGGAAAUAGCAACGUAGCCCUUUUGAAUUGGCAGGAGUUGGCCUCGAUGGCGUUGCCAAGCUUCGCUUCUUCUUACUUAAACUGGGCUGUGCCUAAUGCUCGAAAGCUGGGAGUCCGAUUUGCGGAUACUUUGGCUAACAUGUCCGCAGCCGGUCUUGAUUUGAAAAAGACGCAUUUAAUCGGACAUUCUUUAGCUGCUCACGUCUUUGGUAUCGCUGGCAAUGCAAUGUCUCAAGGAAAGCAGCCUGCAUGCAUUAUAGGUCUAGAUCCGUCGAAAGUUGCCUUUGAAAACAAACCAGCAAAGCUUAGACUUAACCCGGAUUCUGCUUCCAUGGUGACUGUAAUUCAUACGGAUAUAACAAAGUAUGGAACUUCUGAACCCAUGGGCAAAGUGGACUUCUGGCCUAACUUCAGACAUAUGGGGCAAGCUAAUCAACCUGGAUGCGACCGUAGACCAUCUCCGACGUUUUCAAUGCAAGACUUGUGCAGUCACAAUCGAAGUUGGCAACUUCUGAUUGACUCUCUGAAGCAUCCAGGUACCUUAAUCGGAUCCAAAGCGAAAAAUUACAGAACAUGGAAGAAUUAUUCACAGGAAGAGAGAAAAGCCGUCACUUUCACUUUGGGAAAGUGUGACAUUACUGCGGAACGUGGAAACUAUUACUUGCUUACCAAUGAAGAGCCCCCUUAUGGACGAGGAGAACAAGGCUUAUAA